UUUACUUUCCAUAUAUCAAGGCUGAAGGAGAGACAUCUGGCGGCGGGCGGCGGAAGUGGUGGUCCCGGGGAGAUUACUGCACGUGUGGAACGAACCUCUGCCUUUUCGCCUCAUUUCCAAAGCAAAUUUCAGACCAAGAUGCCUUCCGAUGCUAAAAAGAAGCGGGAACAGAAGAAGAAAGAGGCAGCCAAGGCCAAGCAGGGUGGUAAGAAGGUAGAAAACAAGGAAGACAAAGAGCAGGUAAAGGAUAAGGGAACUAACAACAACAAAAAUUCCCGCGAGACAACUCCGCUGCAGAAUGGCAGUGCUAAUGGCGUUGAAAAACUCAGUGCAGAAGAGAUCCUUUGCCGGAAGCUUGAAGAGGAUAUGCGCAUUGCCAGUGAGGCACGCUCCUGUACUGGUGUCUUGGGCAUCCACCCACGUGCUCGGGACAUUAAGAUUGACAACUUCUCCAUCACUUUCCAUGGAUCAGAGAUGCUGCAAGACACCAAGCUGGAGCUGAACUGCGGGAGACGGUAUGGCCUGAUUGGUACUAACGGGUGUGGCAAAUCUACUCUGCUUGCCACCUUAGCCAACAGAGAGGUUCCUAUCCAGAGCCAUAUAGAUAUCUUCCACCUGGUGAGAGAAAUGCCAGCCUCGGAUAAGACUGCCCUCCAGUGCGUCAUGGAGGUGGAUGAAGAGAGGAUCCGCCUGGAGGCUCUGGCCGAGGAGUUGGCGGCCAGCGAGGGUGAUGAGGCGCAGGAACAACUGAUGGAUAUUUAUGAGCGUCUGGAGGAUCUGGGAGCUGACACAGCUGAAGCCAAAGCCGCUUUCAUUCUCCAUGGUCUUGGCUUCACCCAUUCCAUGAUGGAGAAGAAGUGCAGAGACUUUUCCGGUGGCUGGCGAAUGAGGAUUGCCCUGGCCCGAGCUCUCUUUGUGAAGCCCCACCUGCUGCUGCUUGAUGAGCCAACAAAUCACUUGGAUUUAGAUGCUUGUGUGUGGCUGGAAGGGGAGCUGGCCAAGUACAGGCGUAUUCUUGUCAUCAUCUCCCACUCCCAGGACUUCCUCAACGGUGUGUGUUCCAACGUGAUUCACAUGGACAAGAAGAAGCUGAAGUACUAUGGUGGCAACUAUGAUGCCUUUGUGAGGACUCGCCUGGAGUUGCUGGAGAACCAGAUGAAGCAAUAUCAGUGGGAACAGGACCAGAUUGCCCACAUGAAGAACUACAUAGCUCGGUUUGGUCACGGCUCUGCCAAGCUUGCCCGCCAGGCUCAGUCCAAGGAGAAGACCUUGGCCAAGAUGGUUGCUGGUGGACUCACCGAGAAAGUAUCCAGGGAUAAGAGCCUCACUUUCUUUUUCCCUGAUUGUGGAAAAGUCCCUCCUCCGGUCAUCAUGGUGCAGAAUGUCAGCUUCCGGUACAAUGAGAGUACGCCUUUCAUCUAUAAAGACCUAGAAUUUGGCAUUGACUUGGACACUCGGCUGGCACUAGUGGGGCCAAAUGGUGCUGGGAAGUCUACGUUACUGAAGCUGCUCUACGGUGAAUUGAACCCCACCACUGGCAUGAUCCGCAAGAACACUCACCUCAGGAUCGCUCGCUACCACCAGCACCUUCAUGAACUCUUAGAUUUGGAUCUCUCGCCCCUGGACUACAUGAUGACGCAGUUUCCUGAGCUUAAGGAGAGGGAUGAGGUGAGGAAGAUCAUUGGGAGGUACGGCCUGACGGGGAAGCAGCAGGUGUCGCCCAUCCGCCAGCUGAGCGACGGACAGCGAUGCCGAGUGGUGUUUGCCUGGCUGGCCCAUCAGGCACCCCAUCUCCUCCUGCUAGACGAACCUACCAACCAUCUGGACAUGGACACGAUCGAUGCAUUGGCUGAGGCUGUGAAUGACUUUGAGGGAGGCUUAGUGUUGGUCUCCCAUGACUUCAGGCUCAUUUCUCAGGUUGCUGAAGAAAUUUGGAUCUGUGAGAACCAGAGAGUCACCAAGUGGGAGGGAGACAUCCUUUCCUACAAGGAAAUGCUCAAGAAGAAGGUAAUGAAAGAUAAUGAAAAACGAAAGAAACUGUUCUAGGUGAAUUAUUUUGGCUUACAAAUGUGAAUUAACUAGCAUUUAUUCAUCCAUCUUAUUUUAUUAAUACAAAAUAAAUCUGAACAUGUACAUUGAACAAAUGUUUUGUAACAACUUAAUUCCAGAAUUUUAUUAUUUUUGUUUACAUUUAUUUAUUUAUUAUUUUUAUAGAUCUGUCCAGACCACCAUAUUUUUAACCUAAAUUAUCAAGACAUUUUAUCAAUUAUUAGACUUCAAUGCUAUUUUUCCACUAUUUUCAGGCACAAGAUCUUUAUCACAUCCCACAUUUACUCUCAGAUGCUUCUCCCUCUCUCCUCACAAUUUCUCUCUGAUGUCUUACACAAUCUUCUCAUAUUUACCUUCUCUAAUGCUUCUCAAAUCUCAUAUAUGCACUCUGUCCUUUGCCAAACAUACCUUUUUUUAUGUAUUGAAAAUGAUGUUAUUAGUAGACUAUUACCAUUUCUUUCCCCAAAGCCUUUUGGCAUAAUUCAACACUAGCCCUAUUUUUUUCAAUAUCAGGGAACUUAUAAUUAUAUGUAACAUUAUUUUUUGUGCUUGUGUUCUUAACUUGUGUUUACCAGCAGCCUCCAUUAAGUGUGGAAUGAUGCUUUUAUACUCAACAAUGUGUCAGGAACAAAAAUUAGUACAAAAGCAAAUGAUUUCUGCUUUUGGGAAGUUCAUCAGGGAAGAAGGUUGCUGGUGUUGGAUAAUUUGACUGGAUAAUGGCAAAAUUUCUGCUUGUGUAUAGUUCACAGUAGAAGAGUAUUGCUACUGAUAUAUUAUUUAGCUCUUGAAUCUUGCCUUGGUCUCAUACUUUCUGCAGUUGUGAUACUUAUGAUGUGACAGAUGCUCAGUGAGGGUGUGCAAGACUCUUAUUGUGUGACGUGUGUCUGCUGCAUAAAUGUUGAGAAAAAUAAGUGUAUUUGCACAACAUUUUUUUUUAAAAGCUUUUCACAGGUGAAGAAAAGAUGUUGAUCUUGUGUUGGUGAUGGCUGUGGUGCACCAUCAUAGCUACUAAUAUGGGCUGUACUUCCUUUGCUCUGGAUGGUUAUAGACUACCUUUGUAUGAAAUUGAUUUAGUACUCACUCAUUUUAUGAUGCAGAUAUAGACAAAAUACAUUUUGCAUGCUCGGAUGCCAAAAGGACCUAAUAAAAAUAUGAUACAAAAGUAUACAUAGUGUAUUUAAAUGUUGGAGUCUAUAAAUGAACAUGGACAUUAUCACUACGUGAUCCAUCCACCUUCAGAGGUUUGUCUGAAGUGGAUCACAACCUCCAGAUUUUUGUACUUUUUCCUUUGCUAUCAUCCUGGGGCCUUGAAAACUCACGUUAUGUCAAGGCUGCCUGCUUACUCAUUUCAAUGACACUAAAUUUCUGACAGCAUAUUAUGUACAUUAUGAAUUGCACACUAUGUAGUGCUCUUGUUCUGUAAAGUAUUUGGCUUUAACACAGUUUUACUGUGAGGAACUCUUAUUAACAUCCAUAGGAUGUGAAUCUGUGCUCUUCAUAUAAUAUGGAUACAGAAACUGUUUAAAAUUGCAAUAAAAUCAUAAGUAGAAA